AUUCCCUACUAUCGCUUAACAACAUGGCGAGGGCGCCGGCUGUAUUUUACUUAUUAUUAUCUUUACUUAUCACCGAAAGAGUAUUAUCUAAUAAGCCUCGAAAUGUUCUUUUUCUAUUGGCCGAUGACGGCGGUUUCGAGCUGGGAGCGUACGGCAAUAAGAUCUGCCAGACGCCGAACAUCGACGCGCUGGCGCGCCGCGGACUGCUGUUCAACAACGCCUUCAACUCGGUCAGCAGCUGCUCACCCAGCCGCGCGGCGCUGCUGACCGGCACUCCGAGCCACCAGAGCGGCAUGUACGGGCUGCACCACGGCGUGCACCACUUCAACACCUUCGACAACAUCACCAGCCUGCCCAACCUGCUGCGCCAACAUGGCGUCUACACCGGUAUUAUUGGCAAGAAGCACGUGGGCCCCGACGAGGUGUUCCGCUUCGACUACGAGCAGACGGAGCGCAACAACCACAUCGACCAGGUGGGGCGCAACAUCACGCACAUUAAGUUGCUCGCCCGGGAAUUCCUCGCCAGCGCUAACCGGCACAAUAAGUCGUUCUUUCUGUAUGUGGGCUUUCACGACCCGCACCGGUGCGGGAACAGCGAGCCGCGGUACGGCGCCUUCUGCGAGCGCUUCGGGUCAGGCGAGCCCGGCAUGGGCACCAUCCCCGAUUGGGCGCCCUGGUACUACCAGUGGGACGAGGUGCAGCUGCCCUACCACGUACAGGACACGGAGGCGGCCCGGCGAGACAUAGCCGCUCAGUACACCACCAUGUCGCGAUUGGAUCAAGGCGUGGGGCUGCUCCUGAAGGAGUUGGAAGCUGCGGGGCACAAGGAGGACACGCUCGUCAUAUACACGUCGGACAACGGCAUCCCGUUCCCCGGCGGGCGCACCAACUUGCACGAGGCGGGCCUGCGUGCGCCGCUCAUCCUCGCCUCCCCGCAGCCCGCUGCGCGCAGGAACCAGGCCUCCUACGCCAUGGCCAGCCAGCUCGACCUCAUGCCCACACUGCUCGACUGGUUCGGCGUACCCGCGGAGCGGCGAGAGGACAACGAAAUCACGCACAGCGACCAGCCCAAGAGCUUGUUGCCUAUUUUAAUUAAAGAGCCGGCGUACUCGGAAGCGGAGGCGGUGUUCGGCUCUCAGACGCACCACGAGGUCAGCAUGUACUACCCGAUGCGCGCCGUGCGCACGCGCCGCUACAAGCUGCUCCACAACCUGCACUACGCCAUGCCCUUCCCCAUCGAUCAGGACCUCUAUGUCUCGCCCACAUUCCAGGACAUUCUGAACCGUACGCGCAGCAAGCGGCCGCUGCCGUGGUACAAGACGCUGCGGCAGUACUACUACCGGCCGCAGUGGGAGCUCUACGACCUGCGCCGCGACCCCGCCGAGCUCAACAACCUGCACGGCAAGCCGUCGCUGUCGGAGGUGGAGGCGGGGCUGCGCGCGCGCCUGCAGGCCUGGCAGCGCCGCACUGCCGACCCCUGGCGCUGCGCUCCCGCCGCCGUGCUCGUCCACGACCGGUGCUUCGCCCUCGACAACGGACUCACUGACUGACUUAUAUCAGUGUCCCACACGACAAUGUGUGCAGCUUCAGCAGCCGUUGAUUGAUGAAUCUCACUAACAUUAUAAAUUAAUUUAAGCGUAGUAAUAUAAAACAGUAAGAAAUGUUUUUAUAAAUAAAAGU